ACAUUGAUUGAAUAUCGGCUUUGAAACGAAUAGGCCUAACCUACCUCAGUGAUCGCAUAUAGGAGUUGGAUUUCAGGGGGACGGACGAGGAGAGGGGGGGUCUAUUUCCUUUAUUUGCCGGACGGUCCAACCUAACCCAGAGUCAGUCAGGCGUAUAUCCUAUAUCUAUCCAAACUGUUUGCAAAGAUAGUGCACUUACUGCAGCGGUCACAUUGGGAUCUUCACUGGAUAUUACAAGACAUGUUUUGGCUCUCUGCUGAAAAGACAGAAGAUGGACUCAGCUAUCCACAGCCACCUUGUGCGGAACCAGUCCAGUCUGAUUCUGCACGCUGGGUAUUCCAACGACACCUGUCGCUUCAAUGAGGAGUUUAAGUACAUCCUACUGCCUGUGUCCUACAGCCUGGUGUGUGUUAUGGGUCUGGUGCUGAACUCAGUGGCUCUGUGGAUGUUCCUGACCAAGAUGCGACCGUGGAACCCCAGCACCGUCUACAUGUUUCACCUGGCCCUGUCAGACUUCCUGUACGUUCUCUCCCUGCCCACCCUCAUCUACUACUACGCUAACCGCAGCCACUGGCCCUUUGGCGUUGCCGCCUGCAAGAUCGUCCGCUUCUUGUUCUACGCCAACCUCUACUGCAGCAUCCUUUUCCUCACCUGCACCAGCGUCCACCGCUACCUGGGCAUCUGCCACCCCAUCAAGGCCCUGACCAUGGUGAAGCCGCGCCAUGCCCAUGCCGUGUGUGGCAUGGUGUGGGCUGCCGUCACGGCGUGUCUGGUGCCCAACCUCAUCUUCGUCACCACCAGUCAGAGGGACAACGACACGUUGUGUCACGAUACGACCAGUCCGGAGCAGUUUGAGGAGUAUGUGGACUACAGCUCUACGGUCAUGGUCCUGUUGUUCGGCGUUCCCUUCGUGGUCAUCAUGGUCUGUUACUGUCUGAUGGCGAGGGCUCUGUGUCGGCCCAGACGGGGGCUUUCGCCCAGCCAGCGGAGCUCGCCUUCACGCACCAAGUCCAUCAAGCUGAUUGUGGUGGUGCUGGUGGUGUUCGCCGUGUGUUUUGUACCUUUCCACAUCACACGCACCCUCUACUAUACCUACCGUGUACUGAAUGCCAAAUGUGAAUUCCUGAACAUCGUUAACUUUGCCUAUAAGAUCACCAGGCCCCUGGCCAGUGUGAACAGUUGUAUUGAUCCCCUCCUGUAUUUCCUGGCUGGGGAUCACUACCGCGCUAAGCUGGUCAAAGCUCUCACUGGUAAGAGACAGACAACCACCAGUCGCUCUGCUGCCCACCUGCAAAACCGCCCCAGUAACAACCAUGAGAUCGCCCUGGUCUAUAAGAACUCAGACUCGAAAGCCAGCGGUGAACCUGAGAGAUAGUGGGUCAUUCAUAUGGACAUCUAUGGGGUAUCAUAUAUAGAUAUGCCUAACCUCCGUCAUAUAAACACGGAGGAAACGGUUAACAGUCCUGGGCUGGUCACCACACAGCUGCACUUCCUUUGGAUGCUGUUCUGUCAUUUCGGACACCGGAUGACUACAUGCUGACCGGUAGGGCCUCAUUACAGAACCCAGAUCUGUGAGAGGUUCAGUUCCUAUAAGGCUGUUGGGGCAAAGCCUUUCCUUAAAGGGGAAUGAAGAAUUGGGCUUGGGAUUGGUCAGAAAACAGAUCCCUUAUCACCAACAGCAUUUUGCAGCAGUGUUGGGUGCAGUACUGUUAAAUCCUAUCUACAUUCCCCCUUGUUAGCAAUAAUCUAUGUGAAAACCAAGUCUGUUUUAUACAUUUACAUACAGUCUCUAGUUCCUACUCUGAAUGCUUUUCCGUCAGUUUCCCUCAUUUUCACUGUGGCGGUUGUAGUGUUUGGAAGACAGAGUUCGAAUCCUUUCAACCAGGGAAACAAAACAGUCUCUGUGUCUCUGUCUGAGCCAGACUGUAGUUUCCCACUGUUACCACCGACUGAGGAACUACAGGAACAAAGCCUGUUUUGUACAAUUAGCUACAGAACUCUGAAGAGCAGAAGGAAAAACAAUGUAUGCAAUCUGUCAUCUAAAUGUUUGCACUUGUGUUAUUAUGGCAGCACGUACUCAGAGAUGAUUUGUGAAUGAAUAUGACAGAUGUUAAAAACAGUGUGUUAUUGUGAUCAUCAAGAGAGAAGGUCAAAAACAUUAUUAAGGUGGAAAACAUUAUUUUGACAUAUGAUCGAAGGGUUUUCGCUGGCUUCCAGUAAGAGUGGAGGUGACGUCAUAUUUAGCAACAGGCUCAGAUAUUGUGAGGCAAUCUGAAACAGUUUAACAGAAACAGUGCAUGUACCAGGAGACUCAUUCUGGUAGAUUUUGGAGCUUUAUCCCUCUCCCGGCUGUUUUUGUCCUUCAGCGCAGAGCCUCCACAGCUGUCUCUCUAUCUGUCUCUGCUGUGAGGAAUCCAGGGGAGGGGUGGCGUGGGGGAGUAGAGAGACUGAAUGGGUGUGUAGGCCGGAGUAUCAACUCCAUCCAACAACCCACACUACGGAUGAAGGGGGGAUUUUCCUUCAUUAUCCAAUUGGGACGUAGACCUGCACACAACAUGGCUAUUUUCACACUGAUUUUGGUGGCUGUUGUUGUGGACAGUCUGUCCAUGGCAAAGCAGAUAUCUCUGUAAAGUAGAUUGCAAGUCAGAGGUCCGUUCCUAAGGCUCCUUAAAGUACUAUACUGCUGUCAUGUUUAAGCUACUAGUAAUGUUUAUAAAGGGCAUUAUAACCUAGGUUCAAGGUAUGAUAGGAAAACACUUGGUUCUAUAGGUCUAUAACAUUAUAAUGACAUUAAAUAUAUGUUUUAUAUAUCUACUUUUUUUUGUUUGCUUACUGGUUAUCAUGUUAUUGUUGCACCAACUAUUACCAAGUAAUAACAAUAUCCCUAUUGUGCAAUGUCAAUAACCAUCCAUGACAUCGGUUGAUUAACCACAAUCUCAGUUUGUGUGUGUGUGUGUGUGUGUGUGUGUGUGUGUGUGUGUGUGUGUGUGUGUGUGUGUGUGUGUGUGUGUGUGUGUGUGUGUGUGUGUGUGUGUGUGUGUGUGUGUGUGUGUGUGUGUGUGUGUGUGUGUGUGUGUGUGUGUCAAAUUGAACUCCAUGCCUCAGUGUCUUGCAGACUUGAAUGGGGUUAUGGUAGAUGGGGUGUGUGGGAAAGUGAUGAGCGGUUGCGUGUCUCCCUGAAACAUGAGGCGUUACUGGGUGUAGGUCCUCCAUUAAUCAGACAGGGGCGACUUGAGGAAGCGGGAGGACAGAACUGGGCAGCACAGAGAAAUAGGACCAGGAAGUGAGCUGGUCAUGGUACUGUACUGUUUGGGUUUUUCCCUGCCUGGGCCGUGCCAAGAAAACAAAGCUGGUCCCACCAACACACCAUGGAAAAGAGCUUGUGUUUCCUCUUUCCAGACAAGGCUCUGUCUUGAUUGUCCAUUGUAAUGAUCCAUAAAUAAUCUGACAUUGAGAUCUGAAAGAGAGGAAGACCAGCUCUCCAUAAAGGAAUAGAUAAUGUUGUGUUCUCCGCAGUACACAGCAGGUGUAUUCUCCAUCUUUCUGUUGGGCAUUACUAGUCUAUACUCUCCUUUGCAAAAGGCUGCAUCAACGGGCAUAUCGAAAUACACCUAUUUAUGCUCAAAGAGACCAGUUGCUGCAGUCGUCCAGUGAUAUGAAUGCAAGCCCCAGGAAGAAUAUGUGUUACAUGUAUCUGAACAUUUGUCCUCUGGGUCAGAGAUUUGGAAUGCCAAGAGCACUGGCGCCUCUCUGUGGGCUGAGUGAGACAAGACGGAUUAGUGGUGUGCAUUGGUGCCUUUGAAGAUGGAAUAGAAAUGGAGCAAUGGACUAAAAAUGUUACCUAGGCCUAAAUGGUUUAGUACUUAUCUAUAUAUCUUUCUCAAAAAAUGUUUACAUUUCAUUUCAAGGCCUUUUAAAAAAACUUUUUUUUUUAACAAAAUAAGUCUUAGGCCUAACAAAAUAUAUGAUCAACUCUGUGGUUAGGAUAUAUAAUAUUGUGUAAACCAACCACAUAAAAUGCCAUUACCAAUAGUGCUAUAUACUAUAUCACUGCACCUCUUUACAGCAGCUUGUUGUUGCAUGUAGGAUGUUCUCAGCUUGGUCAGUAGGUGUCCCCAUUGGCUUCUUUACUGAAGCAUGAGCAUCGUGAAACCAUAUCAGUUAUUUAGGUAUGAGCUUAUCACUCUUUUUGGGAUAUAGGCUGAUAUUGUUCGGGGUGAUGAUGAGUUGAUAAUAAUCUUAACCAGAAAUCAAAUAGAUAAAAGAGGAAACGUUUUACAAUGAGGGGCUUCAACAAUAUUUCUUUCAGUCAGGACCAAACCAAUGUUUUUUUUUUACGGAAAUGGACUAUAUGAAGGGUCUCGAUAUUUCAUAUAUUAACAAAACACGAGGAAUUUAUACAUUUUCAUUGGUAUGGUGUAAGCAGCCAAGUAAAACAAGCUCUCGCUUGUUACAGGAGGAGGCUUAAUGGAGAAACCAUCACGUUUAUCAUAAAGCAAGUUUAUACAGCCUAGUCUCUGUAAUUCAUUUACCACAAACGAUAUUUCAAUGCUAGAAGUUGGUAUAAAAUUAAAUAAAAUGCAAACAUACUUAUUUGAAACCUCUAUUUUGUAAAUAUCUGUGAAUAUUGUCCCUUUAUAUUUUGUAAGGACUACGCACAUGCAGAACAUGUAUUAAUGCAAUAAAUUCUCAGAUAUUUUUAUACAUUUAUGAAGGCUGCAAUGGACGUGUACAAUAACCUUUGUAAUUUGCGAAUAGCAUAUUUUGAUAGAUGUAAAUUAAAGUAUUAUGUAAAUAUGUGCAUACAUCCACAUGCAUAUGGAAACCAUGCGUUGUUAUAACCUUCAGAAUAUUACGCGAAACAUAUUUUAAUAGAACUUAUAUCAUUUUUUUUAUUGAGUUAUUUCAUGUUUAAAGCGUAAUGAUCUCUAAACAUCUCGGCUAUUUUGCAGGAUAUGGGGUUAUAUGGGGUUAUACAUUUCAAAAGCUUGAUGGGCUCCAUAAAAACGUAUCAGCUGUCUAUUAUAUAUACUUUCCACCAAAAACGUAAAAUAUAUUGAUUUAAUUGAAAUAUAUAUACUUAAAUAAACACAGAAA